CGGCCUGUCACGAUAACAGGAAGCCCUAUUGAAGUUGAAGAGCGUGUGUGUGUUGAUUUCGUUUACUUUGUGAAAUUGAGUGGCUGCUUAUUUCAUAAUUUUAUCAUUUAAUUGAAUACCUACCAACAUGUCUUCAGUAUGGUGUGGAACUAAAAAACAAAAACUUAAUAAUUCUUAUAGCAAUCAAGUUGAUCGACCAUUGAAUGGUUACAAAGAAUCUGUAGCAAUUCCUGAUAUGUGUUACUUUUGUUUCGAUGUUUUGUAUUGUCAGCUGCACAGUAUGGACCCUCCACAAACGCCAAACUUUACAAAUGACGCAUAUCCCCUUUUUGUGACAUGGAAGAUUGGCAAAGAGCAUCGUCUUAGAGGUUGCAUAGGAACUUUCAAUGCUAUGCACUUACAUUCAGGGCUCCGAGAGUACGCAAUAACGAGUGCCUUAAAGGAUUCCCGUUUCUCUCCGAUCACUCGCGAGGAAGUGCCACGGCUGACUGUCUCCGUUUCCAUCCUGCAGCACUUCGAAGAGGCUGAACAUUAUCUGGAUUGGAAGCUGGGAAAACACGGGAUUCGUAUAGAGUUUAUCAGCGAGCGAGGCUCGAAACGUACUGCAACCUACUUACCUCAAGUCGCUACUGAACAAGGUUGGGACCAAAUCCAAACGAUCGAUUCCCUCCUCAGAAAAGGGGGUUACAAGGCGGCGAUCACCGCUGAUAUGAGACGGAGUAUCAAACUCACGAGAUACCAGUCCGAGGAGGUCUCCGCGACCUACAACGACUACAUCAACCAGCGUUGCUAGCAGAUGGCCACCCAGCCCUGUCAAGGGUUCCCAAACACCAUAUUCGCCUAUCCACCACCAUUUAUAUAUCGGACGAACGCGAGUGACAGUGCUAAUGUAGCUUCUAAGUAUACAUACAGUGUACCGAAUGACACGUGGCGUGAUACAAGUACAACGGAAAGUCAGAAUUAUGCUCAAAGUGGUUCCGGCACGCGAAAGAGGUCGAUCGUGGAUAUCGUUUAGCGUCUAAUCACUGCCAAUGACAUUCCUGUCAGGGAUACAAGGUGCCAUUAAAAGACUUCGGUAUUUCGUCUCCGGAUUUAAAAUAGAUUCCUCUAACUUGGUAGAAUAGACACGGAAUAGUGAUAGUGUAGAUGCUUUAGACCAUUUUAAGUGAAUAGGCGACGAGUCGGCAUAAGCGAGGAGGUUUCGCGUUUAUUUUGUCAGGAAAAAAAUUAUAUUAGCUGUGACAAAAGUUAUGCAAGUGAUUAUUCGUGACUGCAUUAUCGUAAAAAAAUGGAUUCGAUUUCAUUAUGGCAACUAUAUCUGGAAAAUUAAAUGAUAAUAGUUUAUAUUUGCCACUAAUUUAAUUAUCCAUUUAUUUGGCGCCAAAACUAAGCGCAAAAUUUCCUUCGAAGUUACAAUCGCUAUGUACAGACGAAAUAUCGCAGUUUUGCCUAAAGUAAUAUCGCUUUAAAUAUCAUCAGUAAAUAAUUAAGAGUGAAUUUUAGUAGUACCUACUAGAUGAAUACUUGAAUAGUCUAGGUCGAAAGUGUUUGUUCUAGUGUCUAAAUUAUGGUUAUUAUUCAUCAGGAUAUAAACGAAUGUGAGAAAAAAUUACGAGUACAUUAUUAAAUGCAAGAAUACAGGGUAUCAUCGUAAAAUAGAAAUAUAAACAAAUGACUGAAUACUGAAUUAUCUGCAUAUCUGUGGUCAACAUAACUGCACAGAUAAUUUAAAUAUUAAAGAACUGUACAAUCUUUCAUAGACAAUAAAUCUUACUCUAUGAUGUAAUAAGCUUAACAUUAAGUCUACCAAAGCUCUCUGUUUGAAAAUUGUAAACUAUGUGUUGUUUUUUAUUUCCGAUAUUUUCAUGAUUAAAAUUUUUAUUGUUUAGUUAUUCUCAAAAUUAUUAUUGUUGUUAAUUAUCUUAACUAAACUUAAAUACCUACUUUAAGUAUGUAAGUAUCUAUUAGAUUGUAUGGUUCACCUUAUUAUAAACUUUGGUAGAUAAUAAAAUAUCCUGAUGCGUAAUAAACUGACGAAUAAAGUUUGAAUGAUAAAAAAAUCAUUUCAUUAAUGUUUCAUUAUUAUUUAUCCUUGUCAUCGUGGAGUGUUUGAUUCACUUAUUAAAAUUUAAGAGCGAUUCACUAAGACCAUAAUUUUGACUUUUUCUUUUUAAAAAUUAUAGCGUCGUAUUCAUGAGAUAAAAUGCAUCAAAUGCAUAACAAAAGUGACCUAAAAGAAUAAUAAUAUUUAGUGCAGCAUUUACGUGUACAUUGACGUUUUUUCGUGUGUCGUGUUGUUAAAAUAACAAAACGAGAAAGAAUUUUCUUGUUUAAAAUCAAGUGAGCAUUUACAAAGCGCAUUCAUCACUCGUGACUACGACGUUUUCACUAAUUUCUUGUUAAAAUCUUGGAUAAGAAAAAUGGCGUGCUUAUAGUUCACAAAUGGAUGAUCGAAUAGGUGAUUCGUAAAUGUAUAAUUAUAAUUAGGUAGAUAGUAUUGAAAUAAAAUGGUUUUGGCUGAUUAAGAUAUAUUGCUUGUGUUAAUUUUUUUAAUAAUAGUUUAUCUGAUUCUAAAGGUUGUAAGGGAUUAUAUAAACUGAGGUUAAUUGAAAGUAAAUGGGUAAAAUUUGUGUUUUUUUUUGCAAAAGUUACCAUUUGUUACAGAUAUGUCUGUAUUUCCAAAAGGAAAAUGCAUGAAACAAAUAAUUUGAAAAGUACGAGUUUUUCAACGUAUAACUUACGUACCUAUUUGACACAUUUAUUGGAAUAUUUUUAUUUAUUUUCAAAUUACACAGAUAUAAUGCAAAGCAGCCACUCGAAUUGAAAUAUUUGUACUUUUAAUAAACAAAUUAAGUAGGUACUUGAUUAUAAAAGCAAAAUUACCAAUGUGAAUAUUUUUUUUUUUUUAUAAUUGAAUAGCUCUUUCAAUAUAAGGGUUUAUAAAAUUGCUCUCUUUCAUUAUUAACCUAUAGUAACUUUAACCUCAGUUCAUACAAUCAUGAUUAUUAGUUAAGUUGGUCAAUUAGUUAAUUUUUGUGAGCUUAUGAUAAUUUGACUCUGUAAGACGGUCUAACCAGCCGAUAAAUGGCCCGGUUUUCUGCGUACUUAGGUCUAUACGUUACGCUGGGAGGUAAAGAAUAUUGAACCGAAUGUUCGGCUAGUCCCCCUCCCUUGAUAAAUGACCUUUUGGCUUUUACCAUUAGGUUUAAAUUUCUAUGCGUUAGUAUAAGCGGGUUUAAGGUUACAUUCACUCUACCGUCCAAGGUACAUUUAUAUCUUCAUCGUGAAUAUUUUCGGCUAUAGAAAUCUCAAGUGAUAUAAGAUCGUAAUACGUGUUAAGGUUUGGUUCCGUUUGUAUGUUUUGUCACGCUUAUGUUAACACUACUCUUUACCUCUCAGAUUGAAGAGUUUCAGAGUGUUGUAGAAUUAAAUUAGAUUAAACACUCGGGUUCCUCAAUUAUAAUGAUAUCUCGGGGUAUAGACUUAAGUUAUCAAAGCGAAAAUUCUAAAAAAAAUUAUAUAAGAUGAAAAAAUACAAAAAAUGUAUGAAUAAGAUAUAAUUUGUUGUAGGUUAAGUAGCCGUUCUUACUUUAUCGAUAUUUUUAAUACGAAUUGUUGUUAUUUUAAUAGACGUUUACGUUGUUGGAGCGUCGAGAAUCUUUUAAAUGAUAAUAAAACAUCUGCCGCCAAUCAAA